UUUAGGGCCCUUCUGAGUACUUUUUCUAUUCAUUGAGUCUCGGGCAUCCUCUCUCGGCCGAGUUGGUAUGUCUCAAAUCAAAUUAUCAUAUAGAAACCCAAUGAAAAUAGCAAUGACUCACAGAACAAUUUGUAGAUAUAAAACCAGAUAAUAUAACAUGUUUGUAGAGAGCUCUUAUACCAAUUAAGAGGAGUGUCAAACAUCGAGGGUUCAACUGUGAUUUUUGCAGGAUCUCAAACUGUGGAACGGGUGGCAACGGAGCUCUCCGAAUCAAUAAACCCGUCGAACAACUCUCAAUUAGACAUCAUACAGCUCACUACAAGAAUCAAAUCGAAUUAUGGCUAGUCCAUGCGGAAUCUCGGAGCCCCAGCUCACCAAACAUGAUGUGGGCUGGAGGAGAGUUGUCCGCAAUUUCACCCCUUCAUGGUUCUCCGUCACGAUGGGCACGGGGAUUGUGUCAGUCCUCCUCAAUACGCUGCCCUAUAAUGGCGAAUGGCUCUAUUGGAUUUCUGUUGUCAUUUUCGCUUUCAAUGUUCUUCUCUUCGGGAUAGGAUGCGUCAUCACCAUUGUCCGGUAUACGCUGUACCCGGAGAUUUUUACCGUGAUGAUUACCCAUCCGGUCCAGUCGAUGUUCCUUGGGACAUUUCCAAUGGGGUUUGCAACUAUCGUGAAUAUGUUUUGUUUCGUCUGCGUCCCAGCUUGGGGUGAAUGGGCUAAGAAUUUUGCCUGGGGGAUGUGGAUAUUGGAUGCCAUCCUUUCUGUCAUCACAGCUCUGUCGCUGCCAUUUUUAUUAAUGGCUCAUGGAGGCGAAACACAACUUUCCUCCAUGACCGCGGUGUGGCUUCUCCCCAUCGUCAGCUGCAUCGUUGCCGGAUCUUCUGGCGGCAUCGUGGCGGGUGUUCUAUCCAAUCCCCAGCAUGCGCUCUGGACUGUGAUCGUUUCGUACGUCCUGUGGGGUAUCGGACUUCCCCUGGCGAUGAUGGUUAUGGUGAUCUACCUACAGCGCCUGACAUUACACAAGAUCCCACCCAAGGCAGUGAUAGUCAGCGUGUUCUUGCCUCUGGGCCCGUUGAGCCAAGGCGGCUUUGGGAUCCUGAAGCUGGGUAAAGCGGCACAAACGAUCUUCCCCCAGACGCACACGUUACAGGCGUCAUCCGGCGAAAUCUUCUACACCCUGGGCUUCCUGGUCGCCUUGAUUCUGUGGUCAUUUGCACUCGUCUGGCUCUUCUUUGCACUAGCAUCUAUUGCCCGAUGCAAGAGCUUUCCAUUCAACAUCGGAUGGUGGGGUUUCACCUUUCCCCUCGGUGUCUUCGCCACCUGCACCUGUGAAAUGGGCACGGAGUUGCCGUCAGAGUUCUUUCGGGUACUAGGGACGAUCGUAUCGCUUUGUGUGGUUGUGUUGUGGAUUGUUGUGAGUGUUGGGACGCUCAAGGGGGUGGUCUCUGGGCAGUUGUUUGUCGCGCCUUGUUUAGGAAAUCUGAAGACUAAAGAGGAGGAUAAAGACGCGAAUAAGGCUGCAUAAAAUGUAAGAGUAGUAGUGUAGAACAUAUUACCGUGGGCCAGUUAAAGAUGGUUUUUGCUUUUUUAUUUUUUUAAAUUUAAGAAAAUAAAUUUUUUGCGCUU